CACAUAUUUUGCAGCCACCACUUCUGUGGAGGAAACAAAACCUGAAAAUUAAAGCAGAAAACAGAAGAUUACAUUGAAAUCAAGCUGGAAAAAAAUGGCUUUGAAAUUGAAUGCAAUCAACUUUCAAUCCCAAAAAUGCCCUUCAUUUGCUCUACCACUUGUUGUCAGCCACAGAUCUCCCAAGUUUUUCAUGGCUUCUACUCUUCGCUCUGGCUCCAAGGAGGUUGAGACUCUCAAGAAGCCAUUUAGUCCUCCACAUGAGGUUCACGUUCAAGUAACACAUUCUAUGCCACCUCAAAAGAUUGAGAUCUUUAAGGUGAUGGAGGACUGGGCUGAAGAAAACAUAUUAGUUCACCUGAAGCCAGUUGAAAAAUGCUGGCAACCGCAGGAUUUCCUGCCAGAUCCUGCUUCUGAUGAAUUUCACGAUCAUGUCAAGGAACUACGGGAGAGAGCAAAGGAACUUCCUGACGAUUAUUUUGUCGUUCUAGUUGGCGAUAUGAUCACAGAAGAAGCCCUUCCAACGUACCAGACAAUGCUUAAUACAUUGGAUGGGGUGCGAGAUGAAACUGGGGCUAGUCCUACUCCCUGGGCAACUUGGACUAGAGCAUGGACUGCUGAAGAGAACAGGCAUGGAGACCUCCUAAACAAAUAUCUCUAUCUGUCGGGACGAGUAGACAUGAGACAAAUUGAGAAGACGAUCCAGUACUUGAUAGGGUCGGGAAUGGAUCCUCGGACAGAAAACAAUCCUUACCUUGGAUUUAUCUAUACAUCAUUCCAAGAAAGGGCCACUUUCAUUUCUCAUGGUAACACAGCAAGACACGCGAAGGACCGUGGUGACUUGAAGCUGGCUCAAAUAUGUGGUACAAUUGCCGCGGACGAGAGGCGUCAUGAAAUUGCAUACACCAAAAUAGUUGAAAAGCUGUUUGAGAUCGACCCUGAUGGAACAGUGCUGGCUUUUGCUGACAUGAUGAGGAAGAAAAUCUCAAUGCCAGCCCACUUGAUGUAUGAUGGACGUGAUGAUAAUCUUUUUGAUCACUUUUCAGCUGUUGCUCAGCGGCUUGAUGUCUACACGGCUAGAGACUAUGCCGACAUUCUAGAGCAUUUGGUCAACAGAUGGAACGUGACAAAGCUAACUGGACUAUCUUCAGAAGGGCAAAAGGCUCAGGAUUAUGUCUGUGGAUUGCCUCCAAGAAUCAGACGGUUAGAGGAAAGAGCUCAAGGGCGGGCCAAGCAAGGACCAAGAAUUCCAUUUAGCUGGAUAUACGAUCGAGAGGUACAACUCUGAGUGCAUCAUGCGACAGGUAAACAAAUAAGAGCCAUAGUUUGUUCCCUUGCAAUUUCUUGUUCACAUCUGGUAUGGGACUCGUACUGUAGGUACCUAUUGUUUCUGGUGUGGUUUUGCUAGAUCUUCAUAUAUAGAGGCAGCUAUAGCUUCGACGUUUUAGUGAAUCGUCUAUGGUAUGUUUUUCGUGCUUACUGUAAACUCCAAAAACUCUCGAGGCAAUUUUGGUGAUCAUCAUCGCUUGGUUACAAAUUACUUAUCCAUGCUCGAUUUGCAUAUAUAUCACUUGGCCGA